AUGACGGUGGAGGACACCAUCCAUAUUGGAGAUGGCAGCACACAUUGUGAUGUUCCCACCACGCCAGGAACAUCUAUAAUGGCUCUGUGGCCAAUGACGUUCCUGUGGCAGCGGCUGGGACACAAAGAUACAAUUAAUCUGACUUGGAUGGCUCUCACCUCUUCGCUGGAUACAGCUAGACCUAAAGCGUAUUCACAGCAUAUAUUCAGAUGUUCUCUGCUAAGAGCGGCAACCUCUUCGUCUUUCUUGGACAAAGUGUACGAAGGCGGGCUUCCGUCAAAUAUUUCCUCGGCUCGCACACUACGCUAUCACAGGGGUAGGGCCGCCCUCCUUCUCUUGGAGGUAUCCACUGGAAAUACAGGUAAAACAUUAAUCCUGCCAAACAGGGCGUCUCUCCAGCGUUUACACAAUCCACUUGCAGGUUCACAAUAUCUCUCCAACUACACCGCUUCGCCUGGGAAAGAGAGCCGGACCGCCACCAGCGACGCACCCGAUGAGUACACACAGCACUUCAGCAGCGGCUGGGACACAAAGACACAUUUAAUCCGACUUGGAUGGCUCUCACCUCUUCGCUGGAUACAGCUCUUGGUUUCACAGCAUAUAUUCAGAUGUUCUCUGCUAAGACCGGCAACCUCUUCGUCUUUCUUGGACAAAGUGUACGAAGGCGGGGGUUUGUCUGACAAGGCACACAGCAAUACCCAGCAGUACACAGCAGUACACAGCACCACGUCAAAAGUGAAAGUUUCCACAGCACAAAGACUCACCCACCACGCUCAAGUGUACACAAAGGACGCCCGUCUCUUUCCACUUUGCCCAGGUCCGAUUGGUGAUGGAAAAUUCGGUCUAGCUGAUGGUCUUGUCGCUGUGCUUAGCUUCCGUCGAAUAUUUCCUCGGCUCGCCCACCACGCUAUCUCAGGGGUAGGGCCGCCCUCCUUCUCUUGGAGGUAUCCACUGGAAAUACAGGUAAAACAUCGAUCCUGCCAAACAGGGCGUCUCUCCAGCGUUUACACAAUCCACUUACAGGUUCACAAUAUCUCUCCAACUACACCGCUUCAGCCUGGGAAAGAGAGCCGGACCGCCACCAGCAACGCACCCGAUGAGUACACACAGCACUUCGGUACGACGUCAACAACCAACGACAACACACUGCUCUCUUCGGGGUGCUCCUUUACUCCAUCCACGUCCUGCCUUUCUUUCGCCCUUGCGGCUCCUGUCCUCUCUCCAUGCGCUUCCCAGCGCAGCCCGGAUCAACAGAGCCUGCGGGCUCUUCAAAAGGUGCGUGUCCACUUUCUGCCUUUGGCAGAGGAGCUUUCCCCGCGUCGAUCGCCUCUCGGGUCCGUCGCUCCUUUGUCACUCGCUGCAGAGCCUUUUAUGCCUCUCCUCCUAACUAGACACAGCUGCGCUUGAUUUGUUGAUUUUCUCUUACGGCGCUACCGGAAGUCCGGUGUCCCUCUUUUCCGGCCCGGUGGGAAACCUUCCGGGCGGAACCAAACUUCCCUAACUUUGGUUCUGCUCUUGAAAAGAUCGUCACCUUGUGACAUGCUCAUUGGCAAUCCAGGGCUUUGUAAUGACAAGGAAGUAACCUCACAAUCCUCACAAGAGUUUUACGAAUCACUGUGUGUAAUGUUUUGCAAAAAGGGUGAAGCAAACAUUGUGUGUAAUUGUGCAAAUCUGUGGAGGUGUUUUGCUUAUUGGAGUAGAAUUUUGCAAACUGUGUGGAAAUUUACAUUUUAGUGUGUAAACAAUCGUAAAAAACUGUAAUCAAAUAUAUUUUAAAUAGAGAAGACAGAGUAGAUUUAGCAUUACUAUUGUAUCUGUAUCAGUGGAUGGUGUGUAUACAAAUUCUUGUAUUUUGG